AUGGAACAGAAGUGGUGGAGCCUUUAUACGCCUUUAUACGCCAGUCAGAAGAUAAGGAGGGGUGUGAUAAAGAAGGAACUCGGUUGGGGCAUUUCUCUCCUAAUCCCUCCUUCUCGCUUUCCGUUUUUCCAGUGUGUCAUUUAUGAUCACGACUCCAGCGGAAAGCAUGACUACAUCGGCGAGUUUAGCACCACCUUCCAAGAGAUGCUGCAGGCUUCCACAGGGGAAGAGGUCAAAUGGGCCUGCAUCAAUUACAAGUACCUUGAGAAGAAGAAGAACUACAAGAACUCGGGUCACGUCGUUCUCACUCAGUGCAAGAUAGAGAAAGUCCACACUUUCCUGGAUUACAUUAUGGGUGGCCUGCAGAUCUUCUUCACGGUGGCCAUUGACUUUACGGCAUCCAACGGAGACCCCCGGAGUGAACACUCCCUUCAUUUCAUCAACCCCAAGGAACCGAAUGAGUACUUGAAGACCUUGUCUUCAGUGGGUGAGAUCUGCCAGGAUUAUGACAGCGACAAGCGCUUCCCAGCCUUUGGUUUCGGUGCACGGGUUCCUCCAGACUUUGAGGUGUCUCACGAUUUCGCUAUCAACUUUGAACCGGAGAAUCCAGAAUGUGAAAGGAUUGCAGGAGUGAUCGAGGCCUACAAGCGCUGCCUGCCCCAAAUUCAGCUGUACGGCCCCACCAAUGUCGCCCCAAUCAUCAACAAGGUGGCUGCUCCGGCGGCCGAGGAAGAGAAAACGGGGUUGCCUACGAAGUACCGCGUGUUGCUGAUCCUCACCGACGGCGUGGUGAGCGACAUGCCCGAGGCGUGCGACGCCGUUGUCCGGGCCUCCCGGCUGCCGCUGUCCAUCAUCAUUGUGGGCAUUGGGAACGCCGACUUCUCCGACAUGCGGGAGCUCAACGGGGACCGCGGGAUGCUGGAGUCGGACGAAGGCCGGGCCGUGCGCGACAUCGUCCAGUUCGUGCCGCUCCGGGAAUUCAAGAAGGUGAAACAUGUGUUCUCUACUUGUGCUCAAAUUUGCUGAGAACCACCAGUUCCC